AAACGACACCGACGCGUUACUGUUAUCGUUAUUAUUUGAUGCUUUGAUAUGUUUAGAAAACCUUUUUUGUGUGUUCCGCUAAGAGAAGCGAGAUCGUUUCCUGGAAUUCAGAUCUAAUAGAAAAGCGUUUCCCAAACACCAGGCAGGUCCUAAUAGAGCCGAAUCAUCGGGCCAUUGUUUACAGGCUGCUGCUAGAUUACAGUUUAUUUCUAUAAAUUAGAUCUUUGGCUGGGUGGGAGCUGGAGUGGCGGAUUGGCCGUUAAAGCGGAUGUUUUGUAUGGAGCUGGUAAUACUAUAUGAGUCUUGUUUACAUGAACUCCGAUGAUUUCAGGUACAAAGGUGGCGGAGACGUAUUUGUAAUGCUGUCAUUCUGUGCCCCCUGCUUUGAAAUGUGGGUAAGCCUGCAUUACAGCGGGUGUUCCCCCAGCCGUUUGACUUGUUGCAGAUGACUGUGAGUUACUAUAUGAGUAUUUCCACAAAAAAAGGGGAAACGGUUCCCCUCCAGCCAAGACCUGCUGCAUUCAAACACUGCCUCGGUAUCACAGGGCUCCCAUUAUUUCCAGCUUCAUAUUUUAGUUGUUAGACUCUUCUAGAGCGUGUUUGCAUCAGUUAUACCCGUGUUUAUUGAUAACAGGCCAUUGGAGCUUCCCUCAGCUUAGGAUAGCUUUCUUCUCAUUGGCUACAUCUGGCAAACAGAAGGCUUGAGCAGAAAAUAUACACGUAAAUGUCAUUUUGAGUACACUGUAGUUGUUACAUUUAUUGUAAUCUGGCCAAAUGACAUGUACUUGAAUAGUGAGGAUAUUUUCCUUGAUUUCUUAUCAUUUAAAAUAAAUGAACUGUUGAUUUUAUAUAUUUCACUUGCAUUUUAUUCAGAAUUAUUGCAUCAUGUUUAUGAAUUGUGUUUUUGAGUCUGCUUGAAAUCUACACCCAAUAAGCAAGUCAUAACGGCAAACCCUAGAAAUUAAGUGAUUGCAACCGCACAGGUAUACAUGCUGGUACCUGGUUGUGUCAGUUAUUUUGUAGGUUCUAUGCAGGCCCGACGCAGGGCUCUAUGUUUAGGUUGAAGAUAGACCGGGUUGCUAGUGACCUGCAUCAGGUUGAGGUAGGGUUAGGUUUUCAUAGGUCCUCUUUUUAUGGAUAAAUGAGGAAUGAGUAUAAACAUGGGCAGCUCAGCUUGACAGGUUUGGAGGCAAGGCUGAGAUGGUUUGGACACGAGCAGAGGAGGAAAAGAGGAAGACCGCAGAGGAUGUUUUGGAUAAUAGUGAUGGAGAACAGGCAGAAAGAGGGAGGCAACCUCUAAAGAGAGCAUCUGAAGUAGGAAGAAGAAGAGUUAUCCAGCUGAUCUAGACCUCAGAAGCCUAACAGUUGAAACCACAAGCUAUACUCUGAACUGGGUGAGCCAAGACCCUCAGGUUCCAUGUGCAGUUUCAGGCUUGGAAUAGGCUGACAACAUUUACUAACCAGUAACUAUUUUGAUGGUAAACUGAUUAUGUUUAGAUUUUGGACUAUUGAACUAUUUUUAGAUAUUUCUUUACAUCAUUUACGGUCGAAAGAGAGAAAAGGUCAGCAUGUGACUGAGGUGUCCAAAAGCUGCACUGACUUGAAACUCCUGUCUUUCGCUGAUGUCAGGAAAGAUUCCCAGCAGAAUGAAAUAGAGGAAAUGACAAGCUUCCCUCAGACGGGAAAAUUCGUAACUGGUUUUCAGCAGGAGCUGCUUAAAGAUAGUUAAAAUCUACUGUGAGACCUGGUUAUCUCUCAUGCUUUUUUUGGACUAUGUGAGUUCACCUUUCUAAAACUGUAAACAUCUUUUUACCCAUGUUAGAAAAAAGCCAGCUGUAGUUAUCCAAAACACCAGACACUCUAAUAACUAAGAUAUUGACUGGCAGCAGUCUUAGUUUAUAUGUUUUCUUCCUUUAACCUUUUUUAACCCGACGGAUACUGAAAUGUGUUUUUCGCAGUAUGUUCGACCGUCUGUCACCAAUUUAAGAAGAAAGGAUGGAUGACGAGAGAAGCGACGCAGGCGGAGGAGAGGCGGAGUUGGAGGAUGAGUUUGCGUGCGCCGGGAUGCUGCGGGGGUCUCUGACCUCCCUGCACAGCACGGUGGAGCGGAUAUUCAGUGUGGCGUUCAGCAUCGGGGCGGACGAUUUGCCUCACGGCAGCAACGGCCAAAUAUGGCUGAAACUGCGAGGGCCGAGCGCCAGUGUGAAAGCCGCCAAGUUAUUUGUGAAAGGAGUUGUGAACCAGGAGGAACAGCAGGAGAUUAAGUAUCCUGGGGUGCUUCACUGUGUCUUCUGCGGAGCCAAAGGCCUGUUCAUGGACAGCCUGAUCAAAAGCACCUCAGCACAUAUAGUGGUCGGCUCUCCAGGAUUCCUGCUCAUAUCUGGCCUGGUGGAGCCGGUGGUGCGAGCCUACUCUCUUAUUACAGACCUGGUAGAGAGGUAUGAGGGCACACAGUCCAAGCGCAUGGGGGACGGAGGCUCAGGUGAGUCCCUGGAUUCACGACGGGCCUUUAAAACUCUGGUGGAGAAGUGGGAAGACAGGCACAUCCUGGAUCUUCUUGUGCUGCCAGGAUCAGUAAAGGAAAUCCUGUUGGACUUGGUGAAAGAAACGGGACUUGGAUCAAGCCCUAGUUCAUCACUGACUGAUGUAAAUACAGAGGCAAGGCCACAUGGGGAUUCAGAGGAUAGGUCUAAAAUACCCAGUGCCCUCAAGCAAACAGUCCCUGAUUCUUCUACCACUACUGAGCGAUGGGCUGAAGGGAUGGCUGCAGGCGCAGGAAAUGACUUUGCAAAUAAAGACUCCUUCCAGGCUUUUUCCAUGUCUGCAGGCACCCGAGGGAGGGCAGAGGGUGCUGAGGAAAGACCCACGCAUUCACCACAGGAGGUGGGAGAAGAGCACUUGGGCCAAGCAACAGCAUCUGGGAAGGAAAAAGAGCAGGAGUUGCAGCUGUCGAUGGGAAACAAGGAGUUUUGGCUUCUUUUGAAAUUCUUUACCGCCAUGGGAUACACAGAGGAGGUUGUGAAACGAGUGCUUGCCAGAACAGGACCUAAAGAGGCAUCGCAGAUUCUGGACUUAGUUCAACAGGAGCAGGACCGCAGUGACCAAGAGCAGAGGAAUCGGGUUCUCCCAAACCCAAAGAGGGGAGGUGCUGUCGACCUGAAUCAGACAGAGAAAAACCGACCCUGUGAGACAGAACACAGAGAAGAUGGGGGAGAAAUAGCAGGAGGCGGUGGAGCCAUACGUAGCGAUGGAGAAACAGAAGAAGGACGAGAGGGGGAAGACGCAACAGGGGAUGCAAGACACAAUCAGGGAAAAGUCAGCGUAGACGUAAUGAAUAAAGAGCAAGAGGAAGACUUUGUGCUGGGGGUGUUGAAGAAAGCGGCAGCCAGCUGUGGGUACCCCGAACAGAACGUAACCAAACUGUACAACUUGUUGCCUGAUGGAUCGACUCACCAGCUGCUCCUGCAGCUGCAGAAAGAGGGAGUCAAAGAGGCAGGAGCCUUCAGAGAAGGACCGAGAGAGAUGGAUGAUGUGGUCUUGGACACUGGCGGGUCAAAACUUCAAAUAAUACCAGAACUUCAGCCUUAUACACCUCCCGAAGAGAGAGAAUUCGAUGGGCGAGAAAAGAUAAGGGUGUCAAGGAUUGAUAGUAGUGUCCCUAUUGAGGGACGAGAUAUUUGGAAUAAUAAACCCCAGCAGUCACGGGUGACCUUGUACACCUCACAGCAAAAGCAACACCAGCCUUCAAAGUCACAAACUCCUCACGACAUCAUCCUACCUGGGGUCAAAGGGCCACCAAUGCCUACUUAUGCCUCAUCCAUGGAUCCUCAGCUCACCAAUUUCCAAUCUCAUAAGCAACAAGGCAACACCAACUACUUGCCUAAUCCAUCUCCCACAAAACAGAAUCAUCAUGCUCAGAACAAUGGCUCAAAGCACUCCUUUAAGCAAGCCCUUCAAGCUCCUCAGCCUUUAUUCCCUGGCACGAAGGACUCGUCUCCCACCAGAGCGAGGGACAAACAGGGUUUCGUGUCUAGUCCUUCAGUGGUGGUGACAGGAGAGCAGCGAUUCUUGGAGAGCCUGCAGAUCCCCUUUGAACUCAAGCUGACAGACCAGCCCGGAGACCCAACACUGAGGACGAUCAUAAUUGAUGGGAGUAACGUGGCUAUGAGUCACGGACUGGGUCAUUUCUUCUCCUCUCGUGGAAUCGCUCUGGCUGUACAGCACUUCUGGGACCGAGGCCAUCGUCAAAUCAGCGCCCUGAUUCCACAGUGGAGGCAAAAGAGCGACCCCAGGGUCAAAGAGAAGCACUAUCUGACAGAGCUGCAGCAGCUGGGCCUGCUCUCCUACACGCCAUCCAGAGAGGUCCAAGGCAAGAGGAUCAGCUCGUAUGAUGACAGAAUGAUACUGCAGCACGCACAGAAGACAGGCGGAGUGAUCGUGACCAACGACAACCUGAGGGACCUCUUGGACGAGUCCCCCGUAUGGAGGGACAUCAUUAAAAAGAGUCUUCUUCAGUACACUUUUGUCGGGGAUCACUUCAUGGUCCCUGAUGACCCUCUUGGAAGAGGAGGGCCUCACCUGGAUGACUUCCUGCGUUCAGAGCAUAGGAGUCCAAAUCCAGGAAAUCACUCUUUUGCUGGCUCGGCCUCAUCUUUCAGUUCCUCCAAACAGCCACGCUCCCAAACAGAGGUCAUCAACUUCCGUGACCGAACACUAGGGGGCGCACUGGACGCUUUGGGAGCAGCCGGCAGGGGUAGAGGGAGGGGGCAAGGAAAGGGAUGGGACAUGGGACAGAAGCAGAAGCAGUAUGGUGCUACAGGUCAUGGCCAGGGGGUCCGGACCGAGAGGAGUCCUGAAGAAACAGCCAGCCUGAGAGAGCAGCUCUGUCAGGUUUUCCCUAAUCAGGACAACAUGGUGACGCUGGUGCUGCAGUGCCACUCGGCAGAGACGGACAUCAACGUGCUGUCUGAUCUGAUUUUGGAGCAGCAAUCAACAAACUAGAAAUCUCUCAGUUUUAGUGUUUCACCAUAGAGUUUUCUCACAGAGUUGUUAUUCAUUUUCUCGUGUGACUAUAGACUCUAUGUAAAAGAUGGAUUUUAGCAACUGUGACAUCAUCCAUUGGUUUGUUUGUUUUUUUAAUCAGAACCAUUGAAGGUGAAGUGGAUUUAGCUGAGAAAAUUAGAAUAUUGUACACUCAGUUUUGGCCAGUGUUGCCAACUUAGCGAGUUUUCAGGCCUCCUCAGCAUCUUUUUUUCUAAAAAGCGACUAGCGACAAAUCUGGCGACUUUUGGUGGUGUUAUUAGGAAGACUUAGAACCACUUUUUGACGUGAAAGCACGUAUCACUCUUUCUCUCAACAAGCAGCGGAUGUCGCCAUGGGCACCUCGCCUGUGCCAAAGCGCUCACAGGUGACGGAUUGUUGUCACGCAGCAGUCGCAACCCAGCUGCUGUCAGAGCAGGAGAUGUUGACCCCCUACGCCUCCAAAACUGCAAAUGAAUGGCGCAUGAGUGACUGACUGUAACACAGUCAGUUCUUCUUUUGCUCCAACUUUUUGCAAAUCACAAAGUUUAAAGCUACACACACACAAAGUAAUUCUGCCAGAGUGCCUAUUUCAGGUCACUUUUGGCAGUACCCAGCCCAGACACAGGAGGUGGGUUAGAAUUGUGACAUAAAAAAAACAAUAAUUGCUAAAAGAAAUUUAAUUUGUAGUUCUAAAUAUAUUCUAAAUUAAUUUAUUGUGUUUUUUACUCACUUUAUGUCUCUUCCACGAUAUUUCUCUCUCCUACAACAUAGGUUACAAUUACAUAAGCAUGACCAAUUGUGCAAAUUAGGUAAUGACGUUAUUUAGCAACUUCUAGGACAGCCAAUAGCGAUUUUCCUUACUGAGGAGUUGGCAACACUGGUUUUGGCUUCACAUUUCAAAUUCGGAGGUUACAUCCAUCUCCCAUAUACAGUCUGUAUGGAUAUAGCACAACAGCAACUACAAAGAAAGAUAGAUAGAUAGAUAGAUAGAUAGAUAGAUAGAUAGAUAGAUAGAUCCUUAAUUAAAGCUAAAACUAGACCAGCUCUGUCAACUGAACCAGGAAAAUCCCUCAGUGAUUGUCAGUUCAUUAUUUGUGUUUGUUGUUUUGAUUUUUCUUUCAGAACUAUACAGAUGUAUUAUUCUUCUACAUUUAUGCAUUGCUGUCAGUGUUUAUUGUGUAUUUUAUGUUAGUCUGAUUUCUGUCAAAGCACCAGUAAAACUGAAGACAUUCCAGUGUAGCUUUAAUGCCAAAUACUGGCAUGCUAACACACCAAACUAAUGUGAAUAUAUGGUUAAUACAUUAGUUAGCAUUCUGACGCAUUAAAUUGACAUCUAAAAAUUUGGUCAAGACAUAAGUUAGAUGCUAAAUCACCUAAUUGACACACAAACAUAUGGUUAACGCCUUAGUUAGCUUGCUAAUUACCAAACGAACACAUAAGCAUGAAUAUAUUAGCUAGAAUGUUAACAUACAUAGUUAGCGUUUUAGCAUGCAAAAACACCAAAUUAACAUUUUGGUUCUGACACACCAAAUUAAUGUAAAUAUAUAUAAACAUAUUGGUUAGCAUGCUAAUAUUGACAUUUAGCUUUAGUACAGCUUCCUAGGUUUAAGUUGGUUUUAUGGUUGAGCAGAGGUAGCAGGGACUGCCCGUCCACCUGCAGUGAGCGCUGUUGUCAGAUGGAGGCAGUGUACAAGGUAUGUUACCGCCAUUGUGCAGGCUACUUUUGUUUGUCUGUGAGCGAAUUUUUUACAUACAGAGAGCUGAAGUGAAACCGAGUGUUAAAAACUAUGAAAAUAUUACUGCAGCCACUGUCUGUGCUAUUCGUGCUUUAUUUUUUUUAGUCAUUUUUCGAGGUUGCUCCCUUCUCUAUUCCAGCCCACUUGUCAACCAGUCAGCAUUCUGCAGUUGCAAAUAUCAUCCACUUACAGCGACCUGCAGUCUAGAUCUCAAAGGACUGCAUGGGAGAGCGUCUUGGGUGGGGGAAAACCCCCCUGUUUGACCAAAAGCUGUACGCAGAUGGACACAUUUGUGACCAUAAAACCAGCCUUAGAGACACUAGCUCAGCCACAGAGUCUUAUUUUUAUUUUUUUGUAUUUUUAUAAGACUAAUAUAGUCAUUGUGUAAUGACACCUAUUAACUAUCUUUCUCCGGGUAGUUUUAACUCUGGGAAAACGAUUGUGAAUCCCAUAUGGUAUCAUAACAGAGCCAUUUUAUAAACAGUUAGUCUGCCUUGGGUAAUAUAAAAUUACAUAUUUUGUGUAUUUUUCUGUUGUUUUUCCUUUAAUUUUACAGCCACCGGUUUACUUAGAAAAUAGGUUGAAAGAUUUCUCAGAGGUACAUAGUUGGCACUGAGAAUAGAUUUUUGGAUAUACAGUAACUGGUGUAAGAGUGUGUCAUGCUGAGAAAGUAAAAACCCAACUUUGCAAAAAUCUGCACAAUUAUAUAUUUUAACUUAUUUUAAUUAGGUCUUUUGUUUCGCAUAACUUUGGUUAUGAGUCUAUAAUUAUAUCUUUAAGGUAUGUCUGGAUGAAGAAAUUAAGAGCAAACCAAAACAUGGAAAAUUCAUUCUUCAUCCAAAUGUCAUUGUUAAUGUGGGCUACUUCAGUGUGAGUAAAUAGCCAUAAUCUUAUUUGUAUUGUUAAUAUUUAUAUAUUUUAUUCUUGUUCGUAAUUAAAAUAUUUUUUUAAAUGGU